GUCGGCUGCAAAAGCGCGCAGGUGUCAGGAGGCGGAGAGGCUUGAAGUGCGGCGCAACUCACCAAUCACCCUCUGCCACUGUCUCGCCCGUCCCAUCGCUGCAACGCUUCGAGGCAGACGCCCAUUUUCCUUCCUGCCCACUCCCGCGUGGCGCAUAGCCAUUUCAGCCGGGAGUAAGAAACGAGACAGGACAGCAAUUCAGCGCCCAAGAAAAGGGGGAGGAAAAAAGUUCCGAAGUCUGCGUCGUACCUCCGGAAUUACCUUUUUAUUUUUUUCAUCGUUUUCUUUUUUAGCACUUCUAUAAAAAUAGUUCCCUGCACACGAUGAGCGCGGCAAUCGCCAUGGCCCCGUCCCCGGCUCCUCACGACAGACCGGCUUAUACUGAGCUGGCUCCCGCGACCAGCGCUCCCGCUGGUGCUGCCUCCGCCAGUAACUCGUCGUCUGGAACUGCCGCUGCGUCGGCUUCGUCUCCCUCCACUUCACGCACAGCAGCUGCGGUCUCGGCCAUCCCGGCCGCCAAUGCUUCCACAACGGCUCAACGUCCUAACAGCCGAAGUCCCCCGCGAUCCGCUGUCCAACCCGCGGCAAAGUCCUCUCCUGCAAGCGCUGCGAGAAAUGCACCCGGCGCUCCUGCACCCAAGAUCUUUGUGAAGAAGGAGCCGGGCUCUCCGGACAUCCCGACUGCGCGCCAUCGCCCACGAAAACUGGAUCUUUCCAAGAAUACCCUUACCGGGUCGGGCGCUGCGACGGCACGCCCGGCGCUGGGAAGGGAGGGCCUCGGGAUCCAGGAGGUUGGCAUCGCAUGCUUAUCCCCCGGGUUUGUUACGCAGGACCCUGUAAUGAAGGAACACCUGCAGCAGAGCUUGAAUGUUCGAGAACAACAACGCCGAAUCAUCGAGGCGAGGCUCCAACAACAGUCGGCCAAGGGAGACGGCCCCGACAACGGCAAGGAGAAGGAUCCCAUUUCCCAGUUCGCCGCAAAGACGCCGGGCAUGUCUCGGAGGAACAAAGCCCCCCCGGGCCUGAGCAUCGUGGCACCGUCCCACGAGCAAUUCGCUAAUGAGCGUGUUAUCCAGUCUGCACCUCUAGGGCAGACAUUUACCACUCGCCACCAUCCGCAGCCCUUGACUCGACACCUUGCCAACCAACCCUCGAACCUGUCGAGCACAUCUCAUAUACACCACAUUCCCGCAAACCAGACGACGAAUCGUCUGCCUCCGAUCUCCGACGUGUUUGCUGGACAGGGCCUUCCGUCGCACGCCGAACCGAGUAGCCGGCCGCUAUAUCCCGGCUCAAGUCACGGUCCGCUAGCGUCGCCCAGCCACCCGCCUCCGGGCAUCUCGCAGGCUCCGUUGUCCAGUCGGCCGAGAGAGUAUAAGUCGGCCGAGGAAGCCCAGCAAGAAUUGGCUGGUGGACGGCCUGAACUGUUGCCGAAGCUUGUCCAUUACACGGGACACCAACCCCCUACGCCCCCGUCACCCCGCAACGGAGCCGGCACCCUAGAUACGGGCCGAGGCACGAGCAGGCGAAGGACGCGCGCGGAGUACGAGGAAGGGAGCAGCCCCCCUCUGGGUCACGGGCCCGCCGCCACCCGACGAGGGCCUUUCGGAGCCGGCCGCGAUAGCCCUGAGACUCAGCGACAGAAGCGGGAGGAGUUCUUGAGGCUGUGCGAGAGAGCCUGGGACUUAUUCCACUCAUGAGGUCUCGCAACGACCUGCCCGCUGCGGAUCGGAUUGAUUUUCGCUGCAAAUUCACGACUUAACGCCACGGUACGAAAUGCGGCUCCGCCCCGUGUAAACGAGGCUCUGGGGGGGGGGGGGACAAUGUUUUAUAUAUUUUUGUGCGAGACGGGAGUGAUCGCCAGGGCAGAGGGUAGAAAGGCGAGUAUAUUACGCCUUUUUUCGUACCCGGGCGGACGGUACGCUGAACUCGGCACAGCGACCCACGCCUGCUACGGAAUAUCGUACAUAUGAUCUUCCUACAUUCUCAACGCGAGCCGCCCGUUUGCGGAAAUAGGGUCGCGAUCGAGAGAGACAGGGUGUUAAUGUCUUAAUAGCAGGCGCUCGCUGCGAUAUAGAGCGGCGCUGAGCCGGAGAGGCCUCUUUCCG